UNGCUUCUCGUAUACAAGCUCUAAGGUAUUUGUUCGUUCGGUGGGGCAUUGACAUGGCGAAAAUGGCGGUGUUUGUGGGGGAAUCAGGCGACACUGAUUACGAAGGGCUGCUCGGAGGACUUCACAAGAGCGUUGUUCUAACGGGGGUGUCUUGCAGCGCAAGCAAUGCCUUGCACGCUAACCGGAGCUAUCCUCUCACCGAUGUGAUCUCCUUAGAGAGCAGCAACGUGGUUCACGCACCGGCAGAUUCGGAUGUUCGUGAUGCCCUGAAGAAACUAGAGCUUAUCAAGGAGUGAGAGCCUGAAAUAAGAGGAACAGAAUUCCAAUCAUCAAUGGUUGGUACCAAAUGCGAACUAUCUUUUUCAGUUGACCACAUGGUUUGGUUUGUUUUCUAUCUUCGUCGUACAUAAGCUGCCGGAAAUACCAAACUCUUCUCCAUAUGGUUGUCUUUUUGACACCCACCGGAUUUUACUAAAUUUAUGCAAAGUAUUUGUAAUAAAUAAUACUAAUAAAAAGAAAAAGAGGAUGUUCCCGGUAUUUAAUUAA